AAUUUACCCGGAACUUGAGCGCUGGUCAGUACUAAUCUAUCCGGAACACACAUAUGCAGCAAUGCUAUACGAAGCACGAUCAGAAUGUACAAUUGGUAUACUCUCUGCCUCCUAAUAAUAAUUACUGAACCCCUGUAACAUCAACUUGUUUGUCAGUAGCUUGCCUCGAUUUAAAAAACUGAUCAGUUGAGAUACUUAAACACUAUAUGCAGGUGAUAAUAUAUACUGUAAUAUUGCAGAAUGUCGGAAAUAAAACUGAAACGUGUCCCUUUAAUAGCAUUAACAAGAUAUGAAGAUAAGAAUUUUUAAAAUUGAUUAACGUCAAUAAAGUAUUUUUCUACAAAUUAUCUACAAUCUGGUAUCUCAACAAAAAUGAAAACGCUGAAAAAUAAAAUCUGAAAUAGAAAUUUCAAAAUACACAUUUAUUUUCAUCAUAUUUAUUGUAUCUAUGUAUCAACUGCACAUUAUAUAUAUUUAUGUAUGUUAAAAACACAUGUAUAUACAUACACUUACAUGCUGGUUUAGAAAUCAGCAACGCCAUUUAGAUCUUAUCAAAGUGGGUAGGAUCGACGAUAAUUAGGACUUUGAGAAGCAUAUGACAACUUUCAAUGCGGUUCUCAGACAAAAUAAACUCUGACGAGACCAAGCUUACUUCAUAUUUACAUUUACUACUCCCUUUUAUUUGAAAAAUGAAAUAUCUUACCUAAAAUAAAAACGUCAUUGUAUCUAAGUUUGUACUAUGAUGUAAUAUGUUGAGUCGUGGAUAAAGAUAUAAUUCUGUAAAAAUUACAAGUAAAGGAUAAUAUAUCGUUUUAAAUGCCAAAAAUAGGUGUAUUUCGCUAAGCAUUUGCUAUUUUGACACCAACUGAUAACCGAAGAAAAAAGUCUAAUAAAUCAGUAGGUUGGCGAAUACAAACAGAGAGUCGUUUUUAAGAGACGUAAAAUAAACUACUGAUAAAAAUAAUCAAAGGACACAGAAAUAAUUCCUAAUUUGUUGAAAAGAAAUGCAUUGAAAUGAAAUUAUUCCUAAAAUGAAGUUGGAAACACUGUUUUAUAUUGUAUGGAUUUUUACCGAAACUUCCAUCGAAUCUUCGCAACCGAUUCUUCCCGAUCCGUUAAGUAAUGACAGCGCUUGUUAUGCCUCAGGAAUAACCAAUUAUUCCACUAUCAAUUCCCAGUGCGGUGCUCCUGACAGUGUAAUAGCGGUGUUAUCGGUACAGGCAGCCACCAAACCGACGUCACAGAACUGUUCUGAAGUCCUGUCCGCACCAGGUUAUAGCUUCUUCAGCAGGUGUUGUAUAGUGGAUAUAGACAUUGACUGUAAUGUGACUUACAACAACACAGCAAACCAAACUUAUACUUAUGCGAUACAGAAUGCCUGUACAGGAUACAAUAAAUGUCCGGCUCCGGUUCGUGUCCAGAGAAUGGAGGUAUCGGCGGUUUGUGAUAAUACUGUAUUCCCGUCCUAUAACAACUUCAUGGCAGUCGAUUAUUUCUGCAUUAAAAAGUGUAAGAUCAUGGAUAUGGGGUCAACCAGUAAAAGAAAGGAGGGAAAUCAUAGUGUAUAUUUGCAAUCUAAUGGAUAUCCUGGUGUCUUCCACCAUUUCAAUUUUGACGAAUGGUGUGAAAUUGAUGGCACGAACGCAAUGGAAACGGUGCAUGUUGUUUCAAUUGAUGUUCAGUUAUCUGGAUCCGCAACGAUUGCAUUCAAGGAUACUGAAACUUGUCGUGAUGUUAAGAAUAUCACACUCCUGAACAACAACAAGUACCAGAUAAAGAAGGUUUUCGAUCUGAAGAAUAAAUUUUUCAUUUCGUAUAAGGCAAAUACAAUGGGGAGAUUCUGGAUCGGUUUUGUGUCUCCCCAAAAGCUGACCAUUACGUGUGGUUUAACCAUCGGUGAGAAUUGCACAGUGGGACAUCUUCCAGACGAUAGUUCCAUGUCAACGGAGUCCAGUGCUCUAAGCUCAGAUAUAUUAGGAACAAACUCAUCGCCCUCACCCCCCUGGUGGAUUGCCGUAAUCGUAGCACUCCUUGUUGGUGUCGUGAUUGCAGUUGUUGUGUAUAAAAGACAGAAAAGAAAGCAGAAAGUGAGCGACGAGAACGGGAAUACAGAUACCGACCCUGGGGACAUCUUCGUCAUCACCCCGUCUGAGAGAAAUUUGAUCCCUCCAAGCAAGACUAAUAUUGAUAUCUUUAUUCCUGAAAAACGAAACAAUGCACUUCCGAAAUUAGACGAUUCCGCAGGGAACGAAAAUUUAUAUACGGAGAGGAAGAAAAAGAAAAAGAAAAGAAAAAAGAAAACAAAGCACAGAAAUGUAGAUGAUGAAAAUCACUCAAAGCAAGAAGACUGUUGAAUUAAAUCUAGAUAUGUUCAUAUAUAUCUCGAGUGAUGGAGUUCAAAUUCUAUAACAGAUAUAUUGAAUUCAUUCUGAGAGACUAUCAUUUUUAUUUGUGAAGUCUUCAUCACAGCGUAUUGAUAUCACAAAUCUAAAGGUAAACUAUCAACAACAGCUGAGACAUCAUUAAUCUGCAAAAUUUGAAGGAAAAAAUUAAAUGGUAGAAUCUGAUUUGUAUUUCUAGAUUUGAUGAACACAAAUGUAUUUUUAUUAACAACUUACUACAUAGGAAUCUGUGAACAAAACUAAACCCUUUCUCAAAUUGAAUGCUUUUUAUCAGCACGCACACGACGAUAACAGAGAAUUUGAUAAAUGUAUUAUUAAUUAAGUUAUCGAGUACAUUCUAUUGGUGAUAAGCCUAAGUGAAACCUAUUGAAAUGAAGUUCAGUGCAACAUGGAAAGUUGGUUUUAUUUAGCGUCUAUUACAGUUGUUUUAGCGGAUGUAACUCUGCCAGAAAGUUCGUACAAAAGUACCGCAUGCUCCACACCAUCGGGGUCCCCUGUUUCUCUAAACUGUAGUACGUCAUUAAAUGAUGCUGAUAUCAUAGCGAUAUCUUCAUUCAAAGCUAUAGCGAAGAAACAGAGCAGUGUGUGUCUCCGCAGUGGAGGCUGCUGUCAUCACAGCGAGACAGCGGACUGUGUUUUCCCGUACUAUAAUGUCCGAAAUCCAGCGGAGAGUUUUGAGUUGUAUCAGGAGUGCAUGGGACACGAAAGAAUGUGCCGUCAUCCAGUCAGAGUACCGCGGAUUCCUACUCCACAGGAAUGUCUUAACAUAAUGCUCUAUCCGUCAGAUAUUGAAUUUGUGGAAGUUCAAUAUUAUUGCAUAAAGCACGACAAAAUAACCAGUCUACGUCCAGGAAAACACUACACGGACCAGUAUCAGAUGGUGUAUUCUCAAACAACGGAUUAUCCUUUAUCAUCUGGAAGUUUGGAAGAAGUUUGGUGUGAAGUGUCGUCGACUGGUGCCAUUUUAAAACUUAUUGCUAUGGAUGUUCAACUGAAAAACAGUGAUAUUUUAUCAGUUAAAAACACCCGUACAUGUGCCAGUUUGUAUACAUUUCCCAGGUCAUAUACAAAUAAGUACAAGCUAAAAGACGUUGCAAACUUGACGAACAAUGUGUAUUUGCAUUAUAGAGGAUACGGAAGGUUUUGGGUUGGAUUUCUAUCAAGAAAUUAUAGGAUUUCAAUAAAUUGCGGAAUAUCUGUUGAUAACAGUUGUAAAAAGAGGGAUCUAUCUACCAUAUCAAGAUCUGAUCAGAAGGAAAAAGCAACAAAAGACGAAAAAAUUGACUUAUGGUGGAUUGCACUAAUCAUUGCGCUGAUUUUGGGCACUGUUAUUGCAGUGUAUUUCUAUAAGAGGCACAAGGAUGAACAAAAAAUAAAAGUGGAGAGCGGCGAUUUACAAUACCAGUAUCCCGACCCUGCCGACAUAUUCGCAGUUACCCCUGCUGAAACAAACUUAAUCGCCCCAAUCAAUUUGUUUGUACCCAAAGACCGAAAUAACGCACAAGCAAAAAUAAACAAAAAUAAAGAGAACGAGGCUGAUACCACUAAAACUGAUGAUGACGAACGAAAGAAACCGAGGAAGAGCAGAUCUGAAAACGGAGAACAAGCUAUCAUAUAGGAAAUAGAAACCCUAAUGAAAGAAAAAAUGGUUUAUAGAAAUUAAACAUUUUUAUUUUUCAUUGUGUUUUCCAUCGGAUGACAAAAGUAAUGAUUAAAAUAGCUUACUUUUCUUGACACUCA